CUAUAAGCCCCCACAUCACACUAGAAGCUAUAAUAGAUUAACAUCUCUUGCAAAGAAGUUCCAAGACAUUAUGCUGAGCCUCCAGCUGGCUAGGAGUGGCUCCCCAAGCCCUCUUGUUCCCUUCCUCAGGCCACUGUGGCCCCUACGCAGAGACAUAUUCAGCAGCCUGGAGCAAGAUAUGAUCCACACCGUAGGAGAGAUUAGAGCCAGUAUGAAGCUCAUGGAACUGUUUCAUCAUCAGCUGCUGCAAGAAAGCAUGCUUAAAGAGAACAAGACUCUAUCUGUAGCAAGCAGCAGUGACGCAAAGACCAUCAAAGAUGACUACAUCCUAAGCUUGGACAUUCAAGACUUCUCCCCCAAAGAGCUGACAGUCAAACUGCUAGGAUAUAAACUGUUGGUAAGUGGGGCCAAGGAAUCCAAGAUGGAUGAUGGGAAAGGAUCCUUCUCCUAUAAGUGUCAGAUCUUCAGGAAAGAAGCAGAUCUCCCACAGGAUGUGAAAGCUGAAGAUAUCAGCUGUACCGUAACCACUGAUGGGCACCUGCAGAUACAAGCUUUCCGUGCACCUCUACCAAGCAUGCAGGAAAGGACUGUGCCCAUACAGCUUCCAGCAGCAUCUCGGCCCAAGGUCCAGAGCUCCGAGUGCAACAAAGAUUCAAGAUCCUAA